AAAGAAUGGAUGGCCAAGAGUAGAUUUGAACGAAAUUAAUGGCAAUAAAAUCUGUGAUCCAACAAGAUCCCAUACGAUUCUCACCUUUUAACACAAAAAUCUUGAGGAUUAUGUUACCAACUUUUUCUAUCUUAUUCAUAGAUAGAACAAUAUCAGCAUCGGAUCCUUUAAAACCAUCCAUGUAUAGCACAACCCCAUUUAUCACAUUCACUCACCCAACACUCUCUCUCUCUCUCUCUCUCUCUCUCCUCUUAUAUAUAUAUAAACACACCCACCCACCUUCACCUAUUAAUCUGCAAUGGACAUCUUCUUCGAACCCUUCAGUGGGGAGGGAUUCUGCAUUGAAGUUGGUUUUUUUGACACAGUUCUUGAGAUCAAAGAGAAGAUUCAAAAGUACCAAAACAUCCCAGUUGCAGCACAAACCCUAAUCUUCAAUGGCGAGGUUCUUCAAGAUGAAUCCAAUGUUCAUUCCAGUGACUUAGUCCACAACUCUUACAUACAGCUCAUCAGCAGCUGCCCGGAAAAACCAGCAACCAAGGCCGAGAGCUCACCGCCACUGUCCCCGGCGGCCAGCAGAGUCCAGCUCUUGAUAAACAUUCCAACGUCAAAGUCACAGCAGUUCCCUCUUUGCAUGCACAGCAGAGGCACCAUAAGAGAGUUGAAGGAGAACAUCCAUGCAGUCAUGGAAACGCUAUGUGUUCAACAGUUGGUGCUGUAUUCAGAUGGCUCAGAGUUGCAGGAUCAUUGGUCUUUGCAUCAGUCUGGGCUUUCGGAUGGUUCGGAGAUCGAUGUCGGGUUUAUGGCUGGUGCAAUGGGGAGUAGUUGCUUUAAGAAGCUGAAGGUGAUGGUGGUGCUGCCAAGAUGUGGAGGAAAGAAAACUGCAGUUGAAGUGAACGGGUCAGACAAAGUGAGAGUGCUGAGGAUGGAACUGGACAAGUUGCAGAAGUGCCUUCAAUUUUAUCUCCCUAAGGAUGGCUACUACUUCAUAUACAAGGAGCAUGUGAUGGACGAGGAUCGGUCCUUUCGAUGGCACCAUGUUGGCCAAGGUGAUACCAUAGACAUCUCCCCUACAAGUAUAAGCACCCAUUGGCCAUGAAAUUUAUCUUGCUUCGUCUGUUUUGAUGAUGAUCGUGUAAUGGCUGCUUGUGUAAUUUCAUGUAAAAAUAUAAGCUAAGUAAAUAAGAAUAGAGUGUAAUAAUAACUUAUGUCUAAAAUAUACUAAUUCUUAUAUAAAAA